UAUCCUUGAUGCCCUCUACAACCUUCAGUGGCAAUGAAUUCCACAGAUUCACCACCAUAAAUGUUCAAUCUAAAUCUCUGGAGCAACAAAAGUGCAAUGCCCCAUAUAGUUGGCAAUAAGAUUACUGCAACUUUAAUUGAUCGCAACAUGCAUUGGGGAAGUGAAGCGUGUCAAAGGAAAACAAAUACACGUAGCAGGAAAGGGAAGAACUUUUGGUUGCAGGUUUUGCAGCCUCCAGGUUUUGGAGAGGGGAGGGGUGGAAGUGCAGGAGAAAGGCGGUUGAGGAAAUAACUAAGGCUGAAAACUGAAAACUGAUAGUUUAAAGAAGGGUCUCGACCCGAAACGUCACCCAUUCCUUUUCUCCAGAGAUGCUGCCUAUCCCACUGAGUUACUUCAACUUGUGUAUAUCUUCGGCUGAAAACUAACAUCCAGAUUGCCAUGGCGACGCUUGGAGGCAGUGCAGCAUCCCUUCCGAUGAGUAAUCACACAAGGGAGAGGGUAACGGUUGCUAAAUUAACACUGGAAAAUUUCUACAGUAACCUGAUCACACAGCACGAAGAGAGAGAGAUGAGGCAAGUCCAACUGGAAAAAGCUAUGGAGCAGGAAGGAUUGGCUGAUGACGACAAACAAACGCGGAGGAGCCAGCACGCCCAGAAGGAGACUGAGUUCCUACGCCUCAAGAGGACCAGGUUGGGUCUGGAUGACUUUGAGUCGCUGAAAGUGAUUGGAAGAGGUGCCUUUGGAGAGGUACGUCUUGUGCAGAAGAAGGACACGGGGCACAUCUACGCCAUGAAGAUCCUUCGUAAGGCAGACAUGUUGGAAAAGGAGCAGGUGGCUCACAUCCGGGCGGAGAGAGACAUCCUGGUGGAGGCAGACGGUGCCUGGGUGGUCAAGAUGUUCUACAGCUUUCAGGACAAGAGGAACCUGUACCUGAUCAUGGAGUUCCUGCCAGGAGGGGACAUGAUGACGUUACUGAUGAAGAAGGACACGCUGGCGAAUGAGGAGGCACGGUUUUACAUCGCAGAGACAGUGCUGGCCAUCGACUGCAUCCACCAGAUGGGCUUCAUCCACAGGGACAUCAAACCCGACAACCUCCUCCUAGACAGCAAGGGACAUGUGAAGCUCUCGGACUUUGGUCUGUGUACGGGACUGAAGAAAGCCCACAGGACCGAGUUCUAUCGCAACCUCACCCGCAGCCCCCCCAGUAACUUCACUUUUCAGGACAUGAACUCAAAACGAAAAGCAGAAACUUGGAAGAAGAACCGGCGGCAACUGGCAUAUUCCACAGUUGGGACCCCUGAUUACAUUGCUCCAGAGGUGUUCAUGCAGAACGGAUAUAACAAGCUCUGCGAUUGGUGGUCCUUGGGGGUCAUCAUGUACGAAAUGCUGAUAGGCUACCCUCCCUUCUGUUCGGAGAGUCCUCAGGAAACCUACCGCAAAGUGAUGAACUGGAAGGAGACCCUGACCUUCCCACCAGAAGUUCCCGUCUCCGAGAAAGCGAGGGGUCUGAUUCUCAGAUUUUGUUGCGGGGCUGGUGAGAGGAUUGGUGCCGGUGGCGUGGAGGAGAUUAAAAACCACGCGUUCUUCGAAGGAAUAGACUGGGAACACACCAGGGAGCGCCCAGCAGCGAUUCCAAUCGAAAUCAGAAGUAUCGACGACACUUCCAAUUUUGAUGAGUUUCCCGAUUCUGACAUCCUGCAGCCAGUGCCGAAUGAGGCGGAGUGCGAUUACAAGUCGAAGGAUUGGGUCUUCAUCAACUAUACGUACAAGAGGUUCGAGGGUCUGACGGCUCGGGGAACCAUCCCGUCUUACAUGAAGUCGGAGAAGCUUUGAGGUGGAUUUCCCAGGCACCUGCUGCUCAUCCUCCUGAGGAGUUAACCCUUCACAUCCAGAAUGUCCAAGUCAAUGAAAAUUUCCCUGGAUUAGAAGCUCCUGCCCCUUCAGAAUAAUUUCACCUGGUCUGGCCCAGCCGAUGCCACAAUCUCCUCCUGUGUUCCCCACUGCUGUAACGGUGCUUGGGAAAAGAGCAGCAGAAACCGGACAUGCAAGGUUUUUAAAAGUCCUACGUAUGUCUGAGCUGGGGGCCCACUGGUAAAGCGAUCUAGUUAUGCCAUGCACUGUAACUGAACGAGGCAGCAUUGUUGACUGCAGAGAGACAACUCCGAAACGAGCGGUGGAAGGACAAGAGGUAGAGGCCGGGAGCCCAUUGAAGGACAGGAGGAGAUUGGGCCUCAGGUAGGCACCUCAUGGUGGGUUGAGUCCGGGUCACAAUCUCCCACUGGGACUCGAACCCCACUCCACAGACUCGAGGACAAUGCAGUGCUAUAACGAGGGAGUGCCGCACUGUCGGAGCCUCCAGGUGGAACAUUAAACCAAAUGUCUAAUGUCUCGGUGGAUGUACAAAGUCCUGUGGGAUUACACAAAGACGAGCAAGGCGGGCCAUGGUGCACUGGGGAUGAGCAAAGUCACUGAUAAACACUGAUCGUUAACAACUUCAGCAAUCGAUGGGACAUGUUGGUCAGUGUGGGCAAGUUGGGCCGAAGGGCCUGUUUCCACGCCAUAUGACUCCGACUAACCUGCUGCUUGCAGUGUGUUAAUUGCCACAUGUGAAUGUCUCCCUAAAACCUACAAUGUUAGCUGUACUUUACUAUAGUCAAGAGGGUUUAAUUGUCAUAUGUACUCACAAUGGAAUUCGUACUUGCUGCAGCUUUACGGGCACAUUAACCUAAUAACACAUAAAUAAAUCUACAAUAAUCAAAAAUAUAAUCACCAUAGUACUAGGUCACUAUAAUAGCGCCAAACCGAAGUCCAUAGUGCAACCAAAGACACAGUUUGUAGAAGAUCACUGCUGAGGUUAGUGUCGUGCAGUGUUCAAGAACCCGAUGGUUGCUGGUAAGAAGCUUUUCUCGAACUUGGAGGUCCCAGUUUUCAUGCUCCUGUACUUUCUCCCUCAUGGUUGCAGCAAGAUGAGAACGUGGCCAGGGUGAUGUGGGUCUUUCCAAUGGGUGAGUUUGAUCUUUUCCAAAGUCGUAAGUUGGUGCUAUAGAAAUAAGUCUUGUGUAUACACUGGGCCCAUCCCUACCAUUGACAAGUUGUAUUAAUAUUCGAGCUAUCUACUGCUGUGCAUCAGAUGGAGUUAUGUUUUUUUGAUUAAUUGAAAGAUACCGGUCCUUCGGUCCAACAAGCCCAUGUCGACUAUUCAUCACCUGUUUACACUAGUUCUGAUGGAACCCGGGUCCCUGGCGUUGUGAGGCAGCAGCUCUGCCAGAUGCGCGACUGAACCCCACUGUUUAGGAUAUAGUGGCACAGCGUGUAGAGCUGCCACACAACGCCAGAUACCCGGGUUCAAUCCUGUCCUCGGGUGCUGUCUGUACAAAGUUUGUUCGUUCUCCCUGUGACUGCUUGUGUUUUCUCCGGGUGCUCUGGUUUCUUCCCACACUCCAAAGACAUACAGGUUUGUAAGUUAAUUGGCUUCGGUAAAAUUGUCUAUCCUGUGUAGGGGAUAGUGCUCAUGUAUGGGGUUGACUGCCGGUGUGUCUGAGCUGCCGUGUGUCUCAGUGAGCUGAAGGGCCUGUUUCCGGCUGUAUCUCUAAAGUCAGUAUGUAGGGCAUGGAAGGUGCUGCCAUCACCUGAAGAAGGAUCUCAACCCCAAACGUCACCUAUUCCUCUCCAGAGAUGCUGCUUGACCUGCUGAGUUACUCCAGCUAUUUUGUGUCUCUCUUCGGUGCUGCUGACCGUGUAUUGUUGGCUAUUUACUAUGCUGCCUCUGGCACUGGUGGGGACUGUGUGAUAUUUUGUUUUAUAUUUAUAAAAAUACCAAAGAUCCUUUCUCACCCUGUUCCUGUGGGCAACUUUGUCCUGCGGUCAUUUAGAAUAUUCUGUACUGAAAUGUUGUACAUUUUGUUUAAAAGUAUGAUAAAGCAGUUUUAUAACUUUUUAGAUGUUUUAUUUAUUUGGCUCAUUUCAAUGCGUGAAAGACAUCCGCGUGCUCGGAGGGACUGUACCGGCACCUCAUGUGUGACAUGCAUGUUUAUUAAACAUGCUUGGUUAAUUAAUAAUGAAUUAGAACAUUUAUUUGUUUCGACUUGAAGUUCAGUUGUUAUAUUACAAGUUAAAUGUUUGGUAUCUAGAUGGAAAAAAAUUAUUGAUAAAUGUAGCUUGAUUUUUA